AUGGCCUCAAGGCCACGUAUAUGUGUUAUUGGGGCUGGGCCCGCUGGACUUUCUGCAGUGUACCAAUUGAUGCGGUUUCCGGAUACUUCUGAUGUCGUCUGCUACGAGAAACAAAAUACAUGGGGCGGAAGCUGGAACCUGACUUGGAGAGUUGGGCGUUUCGGGCGAAUCCCCGGCCUCAAAAAUAAUAUUCAGUUUCGUACGGCUGUACGGUUAGUCGAAUACGAUGACGACAAUGGUGUUUUCCAUGUUACCACAGCUGACCUGAAGACAGGCGCCGUCCAACAUAAGCAUUUCAGUCACUUCAUUGUUGCGAGUAAUAUUUGCUGUUAUCCUAACCGCCCUGAGAUUCCUGGCAUCGAAUCUUUCCCAGGAAGGGUCAUGUAUUCGCAUGACUUUAAACAUCCAAACGAGCUGAAGGACCAGACGAUCUUAGUUAUUGGAGCAGGAUGGUCCGCAGAGGAUAUUGCCGUUAUGGCAUUCUUCACGGACGGGGCAUCGGCAACGGUAGAUACCGUCAUAUUAGCGACUGGCUACCAGACGAGAUUUCCUUUCAUUGAGGAGAAACAGACAGUGUCAAAGAAGACGUCAUUCUACCCAGAGAAGAUAUACAAGGCGACCGUGCGCAUGGAACGACAUCAUGAUGGAGCUUGCGGCAGAAAGUGGAUACCGACAUGCACGGCGAAAGUGGUUGAAGUGUUUGAAGACUGGAUUAAGUACCGGACAAAGGCAGACUGCGUCACAAACGGUAGGCAAGGUCGGUACCGGUCAUGCGUGACGGGCAACAAAGGAAAGAAAAUUCCGGCGUACAAGACACUCUUUGACGACAGCCUUGAAUCAUGGCUGAAAUACUGA